AUGGGAGACUCUAUACCUGGAGGAAUAGUAGCGGCUGCAAGUAAGUUCCUCACCACACAAGAGGUGGUGAAGGGCUUGGAGGAUGUGGAGGUGUCAGAGUGUGAGAGCUGCUCCUUUGAAGUGACCCUCAACCUGGCUUUUAUCGAGGGUGUGUGGUCCAGAGAUGGGAUGCAGCUUAAGUCCAAGCCCAACUGGCGCAUCAGCACACAUGGGAAGAAGCACUCGCUGGUGCUGAGCAGGGUGGCUUUGGGAGACGCAGGCCUGUUCUGCUUUCAGGCCAACGGCAUUCAGACUGCAGGCAGACUCAGUGUCACAGCUCGGGACAUCCACAUAGUGAAGGAGCUGGAGGAAGUCGACACGAUGGAGCGUCAAGUGGUGAACUUCCUGUGUGAGGUCAACCAGGUGGAUUUGGACGGUCGGUGGUACAGAGAUGACUGCCGGAUUCGACCCGGAGACAACAUCAAGAUCAGUCACCAGGGUAAAACUCACACCCUGUUCUUCAAGUCAGUCCGGCCAGAGCACGCUGGAGAGAUCAGAUUCACCGCAGAGCGCGUCUCAUCCUAUGCAUCUCUCGCUGUAAAAGAGCUCCCAGUCCAAAUAGUGCGUCCUCUCAGAGUCAAGAUAGCCAUGUAUCGCCACCGGGGUCUGCUGGAGUGCCAGGUGUCCCGGCCUAAUGCUCAGGUCAGGUGGUACAAGAACAGGAAGGAGCUCCUGCCCAGUAAGAAGUACCAAGUGAUCAGCCAAGAUGUCUACAGGCAGCUGACCAUCGAUGACGUCUGCUCUUCAGACGAGGACACCUACACCUGUGAUGCAGGAGACGACAACACCUCCUGUCAGCUUCUGGUGGAGGAGCAGGCUAUCAGCAUAGUGCGGGGGAUGAGCUCCGUGGAGGUGAUGGAGCCCGAGCCGGCGCUCUUCAAAGUGGAGACCAGCCUGAAAUCAGGGAGGCCCCCCCGGUGGACCCUGAACGGUGAGGUGCUGGAGCCUUGUGCGGCUGUGAACAUCGACAGGCAGGGCACCCUGCAUAGCCUCUGUCUCACCUCCACACAGAGCUCCAUGUCCGGCCCCGUGCUCUUUGUAGCCGGCAAGAGUCGCUCCACUGCGCAGCUGAGUGUCACAGAGCGACCUCUUCAGGUUGCCCACCACUUGGAAGAUGCAGAGGCGAAGGAGAACAGCUCUGUGACUCUGAGCUGUGCGUUUGCCCCGUCUCCCAGGGUGGUGCGCUGGUUUAAAGGCCGCACGGCUCUGAAGACCUCCAACAAGUACAGCAUGAAGAGGGAAGGGAAGCGAGCACAGCUGACCAUUCAUGGCUUAUCAGGGAUGGAUGCAGGACAGUACCGCUGCAUGGCUGGGGGUUCACAGAGCACAGCGCAUGUUAAGGUUGAAGUGCGAACGCUGAAGUUGGUUAAACACCUUGAGCCGGUGGAAAUCGAGGAGGAUGGCAUUGCCACAUUUUCAUGCGAGCUCAACUACGUGGUUGCCAAUGCGGAGUGGCUCGUCAACAAUGUUCGCCUCUAUUGCAACGCCAUCAACAGGAUCCAGCACAUGGGCACGAUGCACAGCCUCACAAUCAAGAAGCUGCGGCCACAGGAGAGCAGGGUCACCUUCAAAACAGGCCUCCUCUCUGAAACAGCCUUCCUAAAGGUCAAAGAGCGCCCAGCAGUGUUCCUGAGGUCUCUGGAGGAUGCAGUAGGAGAAGAGCAAGGGGAAGUCUGUCUUCAGUGUGAAAUUUCCAAAGAGACAGUGACCCCUGUGUGGAGGAAGGAUGGUGUGGUCCUGACCGCUAAUGAUAAACACGAGCUACUCCAGUUUGGGAAGUCCAUGGCACUGAUUGUCCACUCCCUGAGCAAGGAAGACGCUGGACAAUACACCUGUGACCUGGGCACCAGCCAGACCAAGGCAAAGGUUACUGUACAUGACUUACACAUCACUAUUGCUCAGCGUAUUAAGACAAGCUCCGUUCUGGAAGGUGAAAUCUGCACUUUCGAUUGCAACCUCUCUCAUAAUCUCGAUGACGAGUCCUCCUGGAGCAUCAAUGGCCAGGAGGUGGUUACCAACAGCCGUAUCCAGGUUAUCAACAAUGGCCGCAACUAUAAGAUGACCAUCAGAGAUGCUAUGCUGACCGAUGCUGGAGACGUGGUCUUCACGAUUAAAGACCUAAGCUGUAGGACCAUGCUCUUUGUUAAAGAGAAGCCAGUGCACAUCUUCAGGGAACUACUGAAUGUCAAGGCGGUACCAGGCGAGGACGCAGAGCUGAGCUGUGAGAUCACCAAACCAGAUGCCAUCAUCCGUUGGCUGAAAAAUGGCCAUUUCAUCAGGCAGAGCCCAAAGUAUGAGAUGAGUGUGGAGAAGAACAUGGCACGAUUGGUGAUCAAGAAUAGCACCAUCCAAGAUUCUGGAGAGUACUGCUGUGAGGCCGAAGGCAUUGCUACACGUGCCAAGCUGGAGAUCAGAGAACUCCAGCACACAUUUGCGAGGGAGUUAAAGGAAACACGAGCCGAGGAAAAGGGUAAAGUGACCUUGGACUGUGAGACCAGGCAGCCAGCCAAGCGGGUGACCUGGUUGAAGGGUAUGGUGGAGCUGAGGUCCGGUAGGAAGUAUGUCAUCCGGCAGAAGGGUGUGGUGCUGUCCCUGACCAUCACCUGUCUGGAGAAGUUGGACAUGGAUGUUUACACGUGUGAUGUCGGUACCAUGCAGAGCCGCGCACAUCUGACUGUGCAGGCCAUCCCAGCAGAGUUCACGCAGUCUCUGGAGACUGUGGAGGCCAAAGAGGGGGAGACUGUGACCCUGACCUGCGAGUACUCUCUGCCUGGAGUCCAGUUCCACUGGAGGAGAGGUUUUGAGAGUGUCCGGCCUGGAGACAAGUACCUGAUGAAACAGAGAAAGACCAUCAACACUCUGACCAUCAAAGCCCUGAGGCCUGAGGACUCAGGAGAAUAUACCUGUCAGUGCAGAGACCACAGGACUACAGCGAGCCUCAGGGUGCAGGCUAUUCCCAUUACAUUCACUCAGCAGUUAAAGAACAUGCAAGCAGAGGAGGGAAGUAACGUCCUGCUGCGCUGUGAGCUGUCUAAACCCGGUAUUCCAGCGGAGUGGAGCAAAGGACAAGAGCUGCUGAAGAAUGGAGUUAAAUACCAGAUGAAGAGAAGAGAGACCACGCUGGAGCUGCUCAUAUGGAAACCUGUUCCUGAGGACAGCGGGCUGUACAGCUGCGUGUGUGCGGACCAGAGGACGUCUGCCACCGUCAAGAUCACGGCUCUUCCCGUCACUUUCAAGCAGAAGCUGAAGAACCUGCAGGUGGAGGAGGGACAGGACAUCUCGCUGCACUGUGAGAUCUCUAAGCCGGGCGUCCCGGUGGAGUGGAGGCUCAUGGGAGAUCUGCUGCAGGACGGAGAGAAGUACCAGAUGAAGCAGCGAGACUCGGACCUGGAGCUGAUCAUCAGAGACGCUGAGCCGGAGGACAGCGGCGUCUACACCUGCGUGUGCCGAGAGCAGAGGACAAAGGCCACCGUCAAAGUUGUGGCUGUUCCCGCCACAUUCAAAGUGAGUCUGAAGAGCCAGGAGGCCGAAGAAGGGAGCAGCCUGACGCUACGCUGUGAGCUGUCAAAGAAGGGCGUGGCGGUGCAGUGGCAGAAAGGCCGAGCGACGCUGAAGCCUGGAGAGAAGUAUGAGAUGAAACGGGAGGGGCCGUUCACUAAACUCAUCAUCAACAACGUGGAGGAGAGCGAUGCUGGGAAAUACACCUGCAAGAGUAAAGACAGCCAGUCCACUGCGGAGCUCACUGUCAAAGAAUCAGCCGAGCGCAGACGUCAAAGAGCGUUACCACCCAGCUUUAAGAUGCCACUCGUCAACCAGGAGGUGACGGAGGGCAGCAGCGUGCUUCUGCGCUGUGAGCUGAACAAACCGACCUCCUCGGUGGAGUGGAGGAGAGGAGGAGAGCUGCUGAAGAACGGAGACAAGUACCAGAUGAAGAAGAAGGACCUGCAGGUGGAGAUGAGGAUUGCCGACCUGAGUCUGGACGACUCCUGGAGAUUUUACCUGCAUCUGUGGAGAACAGAGCACAAAAGCUCGGAGCGGCCGAUCCAAUUCCUCCAAGAGCUGAAGAAUAUCCAGGUGCUGGAGGGAAACGGAGUGACGCUGUGCUGCGAGCUCUCCAGAGCCGGCGCUCCGGUGCAGUGGAAGAAGGGAGACGCGGUGCUGACGAGCGGAGAGAAAUACCAGAUGAAGCAGAGCAGCUGCUCUCUGGAGCUGCUCAUCAGGAAGAGCCAGCCGGAGGACAGCGGCUCGUACAGCUGCGUCAGUGAGGACGUGAAGAGUACAGCCACCAUCAUCAUCACCGCGAUCCCGGUGACCUUCAAGCUGAAGUUGAAGAACCAGGAAGCUGUGGAGGAGAGCAGUGUGACGCUGCGCUGUGAGCUCUCUAAACCCGGCGUCCUCGUGGAGUGGAGGAGAGACGCUCAACUUCUGAGGGAGGGAGACAAAUAUCAGAUGAAGCAGGAAGGCCGGAUGGCUGACAUGCUGAUCAGAAAUGUAACUCUCACAGAUUCGGGGGAGUACAGCUGCUUUGUUGGCACUGUUGUGACUUCAGCUGACAUCAAAGUGAGAGAAAUCCCCGUGAGCUUUAAACAAGAGUUGGAGAAUCUGGAGGUGAAGGAAGGAGACGCUGGAGUGUUCUGCUGCGAGCUCUCCCAACCUGCAGCUCCGGUGGACUGGAGGAAAGGCCGAGUGAUCCUCAGACCAGGAUACAAGUAUGAGAUGAAACAGGAGGGACGUCUCACUAAACUCAUCAUCAACAACGUGGAGGAGAGCGAUGCUGGGAAAUACACCUGCAAGAGUAAAGACAGCCAGUCCACUGCGGAGCUCACUGUGAAAGCUCCUCCAAUCACAUUCAAGACCAAGUUGAAGAACCAGCAGGUGGAGGAGGAGAACGGCGUGACGUUGAACUGUGAGCUCUCGAAGCCCGGCCUCGCUGUGGAGUGGAGGAAAGGACAAGAGCUGCUCAAGAAUGAUUUCAAGUACCAGAUUAAAAAUCGAAACAGCAGCAUGGAGCUGAGCAUCAGGAACGCUCAGCUGGAGGACAGCGGCGUCUACAGCUGCGUCCACGCUGACGUCAGGACCACAGCCAACGUCACCAUCACGCCGAUACCACUCACCUUCAAAAUGGGUCUGAAGAACCAGGAGGCCCCUGAAGGAGGCAACGUGUCGCUUCGCUGCGAGCUGUCCAGGGCCGGGGUGCCGGUGCAGUGGUGGAAGGCGGAGGACCAGAUCUAUCAGGGGGGAAGAUAUCACAUGACGCUGAAGGGGAAGACAGCGGAGAUGCACAUCAAAAACAUCCAGCCCGAGGAUGUGGGGGAGUACAGCUGCGUGUUGGGAGAGCAGAAGACGACGGCCGAGGUCAACGUGAGAGCAGCGGCAGCAUCAGUGUUCUUCGAGAAGGAGCUGGAGAACCAGGCGGUGAUGGAGGGGAAAGCUGUGCUGUUGUAUUGUGAAGUCUCCAGCGCUAACGUCCCCGUCACUUGGAAGAAGGACAACGCCGUGGUGGAGGACGGAGGGCGAUACAUCGUGAAGAAGAAAGGCCUCGCACACACGCUGGAGAUCAAGAAACUGCUUCUGGAGGAUGCUGGAGAGUACUGCUGCAUCACCCGAGGCAAGAGGACCACCUCCAAGCUGAUCGUGAGGGAGCGCGUGCGGAUUGUUGCGGAACUGCAGGGUAUAACGGUGACGGCGGGGGAGGACGCGGUGUUUGUGUGUGAGCUGAGCCACGCGGACGUGAGCGAGGGUGUGUGGUGGCUCGGCUGCAGCCCCCUGCAGAAGAACGAGAUGAACCAGAUGACGUUCCAGGGUCGUCAGCACCGGCUGGUCCUCACCAUGACAACACCGGAGGAGACGGGCAUCGUGGCAUUCGUGGUUGGGGAGGAGAGGACCUCGGCACGUCUGCUGGUGGUUCCUAAAGCCACCGUUUUAUUCGAGGAGAAGCCUAAAGACGUUGUGAUCGUGGAAGGAGAGACCGCCACUUUGUCCUGCACGACCUCCGAUUUCACCUCCCCGGUUACCUGGACGCGCAACCACAUCCCCCUCCGCAAUGGUGACAAAUAUGAGACACGUAAGGAGGGAAAAGUCAACCUGUUGCUCAUCCGUGAUGUGGAUCCGCUGGAUUCUGGCACAUACUGCUGCGAUACAGGAGAUGUGCAGAGCAGUGCCAAAGUCACUGUAACAGAGCUCCCUCCAUUCUUCCAAGAAGAGUUACAAAGUGUGGAGGCUGAGGAAGAAGGUUCAGCCUCUCUGUACUGUGAGAUGUCUAAACUUGGAGUGCCGAUUCAAUGGAAGAAGAACAAGCUGCCACUGAGAGCAAACAGAAAGUACGAGAUGAAACAAGAUGGCUGCCUCCUGCAGCUGCACAUCAAGGAUCUCAAACCUGAAGACAGCGGCAGCUACACAUGUCAAGCAGGAAGUGCAGAGACCACUGCGACUGUGACAGUGAAAGAGCUCCCUCCGUUCUUCAAGAAAGAAUUACAAAGGUUGGAGGCUGAUGAGGGAGGUGCAGCCUCUCUGCACUGUGAGCUGUCUAAACCUGGAGUGUCAGUGCAGUGGAAGAAGAACAGGCUGCCACUGAGAGCAAACAGGAAGUACGAGAUGAAACAAGAUGGCUGCCUCCUGAAGCUGCACAUCAAGGAUCUCACACCUGAAGACAGCGGCAGCUACACAUGUCAAGCAGGAAGUGCAGAGACCACUGCGACUGUGACAGUGAAAGAGCUGCCACCAUUUUUCAAAGAAGAACUGCAGAAUGUGGAGGCUGAGGAGGGAGGUGCAGCCUCCCUGCACUGUGAGCUGUCUAAACCUGGAGUGUCAGUGCAGUGGAAGAAGAACAAGCUGCCACUGAGAGCUAACAGGAAGUACGAGAUGAAACAAGAUGGCUGCCUCCUGCAGCUGCACAUCAAGGAUCUCACACCUGAAGACAGCGGCAGCUACACAUGUCAAGCAGGAAGUGCAGACACCACUGCGACUGUGACAGUGAAAGAGCUUCCAGUGUUUUUCAAAGAAGAGCUGCAGAAUUUGAAGGCUGAGGAGGAAGCUACAGCCUCUCUGUGCUGUGAGCUGUCUAAACCUGGAGUGUCAGUGCAGUGGAAGAAGAACAAGCUGCCACUGAGAGCCGACAGGAAGUACGAGAUGAAACAAGAUGGCUGCCUCCUGCAGCUGCACAUCAAGGAGCUCACACCUGAAGACAGCGGCAGCUACACAUGUCAAGCAGGAAGUGCAGAGACCACUGCGACUGUCAGAGUAAAAGAGCUCCCUCCAUUCUUUAAAGAAGACUUAGAAAGGUUGGAGGCUGAGGAGGGAGGUGCAGCCUCUCUGCACUGUGAGCUGUCUAAACCUGGAGUGUCAGUGCAGUGGAAGAAGAACAAGCUGCCACUGAGAGCAAACAGAAAGUACGAGAUGAAACAAGAUGGCUGCCUCCUGCAGCUGCACAUCAAGGAUCUCAAACCUGAAGACAGCGGCAGCUACACAUGUCAAGCAGGAAGUGCAGAGACCACUGCGACUGUGACAGUGAAAGAGCUCCCUCCAUUGUUCCAAGAAGAAUUACAAAGGUUGGAGGCUGAGGAGGGAGGUGCAGCCUGUCUGCACUGUGAACUUUCUAAACCUGGAGUGUCAGUGCAGUGGAAGAAGAACAGGCUGCCACUGACAGCUAACAGGAAGUAUGAGAUGAAACAAGAUGGCUGCCUCCUGCAGCUGCACAUCAAGGAUCUCACACCUGAAGACAGCGGCAGCUACACAUGUCAAGCAGGAAGUGCAGAGACCACUGCUACUGUGACAGUGAAAGCUCUAGAACCGACUCCACCGAAGGUAGAUCCUCCCACGACCCUGCCUCCUGCUAAGGGCACCGUUUCCAAACCAACUCCUCCUUCAGAGAACCAGAAACCUGGACCCCCAGAGGCCAAACCUGUUCCCCCAGAGCCCAAAAAGAGAGCUCAUAGGAAAGCAUCUAUUACAAGUUUAGAAAAAGAUGUGGAGCCAAUGUUUGACCUAAAGCAGGGCAUCCAACUUGCGAGAUCUGUGGAAAAAGACGUUGGUGUUGCACAGAACGUAACACAACUGGAGAGGCAUAAGGAGAAAGACAGUGAGGUGUACAAGAAGGUUGACAAGACAAUGAGACUCCUGGAGAAGGAUGACGGGACUGACAGGGAGGUGGAAGAGCCGGCAACGCCUUCGGAGACGGAGAGAGACGUAUUCAUGGUGAGGAGGAAUUCAGAGAAAUUAGUCAAGGUUGAGCAUAACACCGGUCAGUUAGACAGGGUUCCGGGAGACACUGUGUUUGAACAAAAGAAAAAGGAAAAAGAAGUUGCACAGAUCUUUAAACAAGCAGGACAGGCUUCAGAGAAAACAUGUGAAGUUGAAAGGAUGAAAAUUGAUCCAGGAAAAGUGCUGUGGAAGAACAGGGAAGAUGAAAAACAGCCUGUGAAACCAGGGAAUGAAACUAUACAAGUGCAAGAAGAGAAGUCUACGGUAAAGAAGGGCAAAGGAGAAGAAGAGGAACCUUGUAAACCACCAGUAAGAUCUAAAGGGAAGGUAACAGUGGGAAAGGAAACUGAGGAGAUUAUUGUCCAAUCAGUAAAGUAUUCUGUAAAUGAUUCUGAAGAAGACCAUAAACAAAGAGAUGUGAAACAACAAGUAUCGGAGCAAGAGAAAAAGCCACUGAAACUAUUGCCUUCUGUCGAUCAGAUGGACAAACAAUCAGCAGAACAACAAGUAAAGACUUUAGAAAAAGAUCCUGAUGUUGUUCCUCCAAAACCACCGGUGAGGAUCAAAAGCAAAGCAAAGGGGGGAAUGGAAAAGCAAUCAUCAAGGGACACAGAGACGGAUCAAGAUGAUCGACCGAUGACCAGAGUUGUGGUGAAAACAAAAGAUGAUCAGCCAAUUAUACAGACAUUAGAGGCUUUGAAAAGAGAGGUUGAGGAGAAACCAAAACUUGAGAGGAAACGAUCAGAAACAACAGACUCAGAGAUAGUUGAGAAAAUAAAGCAACCCAUGAAAGCUGUGGAGAAGGACGCAAACAGCAAACAGCCGAUCAAGCAACCAGUGAAACCCAUGAGAAAAGAACCUGAACUGGACCAGGAAGUUAAACUGGCAGUGGAGCCAACGAGAAGAGAGGAAGAACAACAAACGACAAAGAUGACAGAAGACAUUCCUCUCGUCUACAUUUCUGAAGAUGAAACUUUCUCAGAGGCUUUGACUGAGAUACCAUCGAACCACAACAACGUCCAACCCCCUUAUGUCGAGGGGCCGACACCACCUGCCACUCUUCCUCCAAUUAAUGUUCCCCAGACGGUUCAACCACCAAAUGAAGCUACACCAGAGAUCGACAUCAGCGCUGAGGACGAACCACAAAUGCAAGAGGCUGCGGUCAAGAUCCAGGCGGCCUUCAAAGGCUACAAAACCCGCAGAGACAUGCGGCCUGUCUUCAAAGAGGUGUUUAAGAACCAGCGUGCAGAUCUUCACGGUACAGUCACUCUAGUGUGUGUUGCAGAAGGAAAACCUAGCAUGGCACGCUGGCUGAAAAAUGGCCAACAAAUCAUUAAUGACCAACGAUGCCGUGUCGAGACGACAGAGAACGGUGUUUGCACACUGGUGAUCAGCAACCUCACCCCCAUCGACAGUGGAGUCUACACAUGUGAGGUGGUGAAUAAGUUUGGUAUGACCUCCUACAAUGGGAACGUAACAGUAGUGCAGCCUCAACCCUCUACGAUUGUCCAGAAGCCUGUACACCCGCCGCUCGCUGCCAUCACUCCUCUGCAAAUCGCGCCACCAAUGCCUGAGGCCCGGGACAAAACGCAGACUCAGGAUCUGCCUCAAACCCAGAUACCCUCUUCAGGUACAGAUGCUGCGAACUAUGUAGAAAAUGUGAGUGUCUCUCUGUGGGAGACCUACAAUCUGACGGAGCGGGACGGUCAGAGGAGCCUUCAGGAGAGGAGGGGAUCCUCACUCAUUGCUGCCAGCUCCAUGUCAAGUCCCUCGGAUUAUGACACCGCUCCGGAUAUGAUGGAACCUGUGGAGCCCGGCGCAGCUGUACAGAGGUCAGAGGGCAGAGAGAAGGAAGCGACGAAAGCAGUGGACCAUGUGCCUCCAGAAGAUGCUAAAGGAGAGACGGCUCCACAAGCUCCUAUGAGACUACUGAAGGUCAAAGCGGCUCAUGAAGGUAAAAUGAAGACACCAUCUCCUAAGCACCACCGCGCUCACACACCCUUAACGAGCACCGUCUCUGGAUCAGAGUCAGAAGGGGAGGAAGAUAGACGAGAGACAUUUGAAAUGUUUGUGGCUCGAGCUGAUUGCAGUCCAGACAGCGGGAAUAAGGACAGUUUUGUUCUGAAGGAGGGUCAGUUUGUGGAGGUCCUGGACUCGGUUCAUCCCGACAGCUGGCUGGUGAGGACCAAACCCACCAAAUCCAACCCAGCUCGACAGGGAUGGGUGUGUCCGGCCUACCUGGAGAAGAAGAGGAAGGAGACCUUCCCACAGCUGAGAGCUCCUCAAGAGGAUCUGGAUGGAAUUGGGUCGACAGGAGAAGAGUACAGGAGAGCUCUGAGCCAACUGAUCCAAGGUCUGAUUGACGGAGAAGAGGAGUUUGUGAAGGAGAUGAAGAUGUUCACGUCUCACCAGCUGAACUAUCUGGACUGCAGCCGUCACGUCCCCGUCAACGUCCUCAGCCAGAAGGAGAUCGUCUUCAGGAACAUCAAGGACAUCGUGCUUCUGCACGAGAGGUCCAUCCUCCCCGGGCUCAGACAGUGUGCCACAGACGACGACGUGGCCGUGCACCUCAUCACACACGCUGAGGACUUUGAGAAGUAUCUUCACUACAUGGUGGGACAGGCACAAGCAGAAACCUGCGUCUCUGACAAGGCUGUCCAACAGUAUUUCAAAGUAUUCACAAAAUCAUUACAACUGAUUAAAUAAUCGGGUGAGUCUGAGGCUCCUGUCAUGGACGUCCUCACCUUCCUCCAGCGCCCUGUGGAGAGGAUUCAAACCUACCAGGCUUUACUGAAGGAGCUGAUCAAGAACAAAGCUAAAAGUGGGCAGAGCUGCUGUCUCCUGGAGGACACCUUCUCCAUGGUGUCCUGUCUGCCCUGGAGGUCCGACAACCUGCACCAGGUGUCCCUCAUCGAGAACUACCCGGCUCCUCUCAUCGCCCUGGGCGAGCCCGUCCGACAGGGCGUCUUCACAGUGUGGGAGGAAUCUCCAGACAUGAAGUCGGCCUCCAGAGGGCAUCAGAGACAAGUGUUCCUCUUCAGGGAGUGUGUUGUGCUGUGUAAAGUGAAGCGAGACUCCAGCAUGACCAGAGACACCUUCAGCUUCAAGAACAAAAUGAAGCUGAACGAUGUGGAGAUAAAGGAGUCUGUGGGCGGAGACGAGAAGUCUUGGGGCUUGUGGCACGAGCACAGGGGCUCCGUGCGGAGGCUCCGGCUGCAGGGCCACUCCGCCCUGGUGAAGCUCUCCUGGCUGAAGGACCUGAAGGAGCUGCAGCAGCGCUCCAGCCUGCCCACCAACAGCCCACCAGUGUUCGAGUCUCUGCUGUCUGACUGCACCACAAAGAUCGGACAGACGAUCAAACUGACCUGUAAAGUCUCAGGAUCGCCCAAACCGCUGGUCAGCUGGCUCAAAGACGGCCUUCCUUUAGAGGACGACCCCCGUCACAUCAUCACUGCAGACCGGGCCGGCAGCUGCAGCCUCAUCCUGGACAGCCUGACCGCGGAGGACUCUGGGCAGUACGCCUGCUACGCUGCCAGCCCCAUGGGCAGUGCUGGGACUCUGGCUAAGGUUGUGGUGUGCGCUCCACCCAGAUUUGUGUGUCGGCUGGAGAGCGCUUGUCUUUUAGAAGGAGAGGAUAUACAGUUCACCUGCUCCACACUCACCACUCCUUUACCACGGGUCAGGUGGUUGAAAGAUGGCAGCGAGUUGACUGACCAGCAGAAACACUUCAUCCUGAACGACGCUCGCAGUGGAAUCUUGUGUCUGACGGUCGUCCGUGCCACGGAGGCGGAUAUUGGACAGUAUGAGUGUGAGCUUUGGAAUGAGUUCGGCUGCAUCAAGUGCAAGGCCGGGCUCUGCCCCGCGUAUGUGCCGCCGCUGGACCUCGAGGGCGACCAUCCGCAGGACUUACAACCUAAAGAUGCAGACUCAGAGGGAUGGUCCACUGCCUUUGUGAAGAAAUGGCUGCAGACUGAUUUCAGUCCGACCUCCAUCGCGAAGAUGCUGUUUCCUCCUGAACACCCUGAACAAGCUGAAUGUACUGAAGAUGCGGCUCCUGCCUCGACAUCCAUGGAUCAGGUGGUGCUGCAGCCUCUGUACCUGGAGGAGGAGGAAAUCUACAUCUCAGAGCAAAUGCAGGAAAUCACAGACGCUCCUCCCUCCAUCCAGGUACCUGCUGAGGAUCUGUGUGUGGAUCCGGGAACACCAGCAACAUUCACUGCCAUCAUCACUGGGAGACCAACCCCGACUGUACAGUGGUACAAGGAUGGAGAGGAGCUUGCAGCCGAUGAUAAUGUAGAGAUAGUUCAGCAUGGAGCCCGCUGCUCAGUGACCAUAGUGUGCCCCGAGGGGGAGGACGGCGGCGUGUACACCUGCUUCGCCUACAAUGACUCUGGCCAUGCCUCGUGCCAGGUGGAGCUGACGGUGGAGGAAGGCCCACUGGAGUGCCAGGAGAGAGAGGUGGAGCUCGGGAAGAGGAGAAAGUUAUUCUCCGUCUAUGAUGUCCAUGAGGAAAUUGGAAGGGGAACCUUUGGGGUGGUGAAGCGUGUCGUCCACAGACGAACAGGAGAAGUGUUUGCUGCAAAGUUUCUGCCUCUGCGGAGCAGCACUCGGACCCGGGCUUUCCAGGAGAGGGACUUGCUGUCCCGCCUGGCUCACCCUAGAGUGGCCUGUCUGCUGGACUUCUUCUGCACCAGACGCACUCUGGUGCUGAUCACAGAAAUCUGCUGUUCUCAUGGACUUCUGGACCAUUUAUUACUGAGAGGAUCAGUGUCGGAGAGAGAGGUUCAGUCAUACAUCCAGCAAAUCCUGGAAGGAGUUGGUCACAUUCACAGCAUGAACAUUUUGCACCUGGACAUUAAACCUGAUAAUAUCCUCAUGGUUUAUCCGCCCAGAGAUGAGAUCAAGAUCUGUGACUUUGGCUUCUGCCAGGAAAUAGACAUGUCCAGACACCAAUACAGCAUGUUUGGUACGCCAGAGUUUGUCGCCCCUGAGAUUGUUCACCAAGAACCGGUUACUGUGGCCGCGGAUAUUUGGUCUGUGGGUGUUAUCGCCCAUAUAUGUCUGCUGUGCCGAUGCCCUUUUGCGGGUGAGACGGACCGCGCUACACUGCUGAGGGUGGGGGAGGGGACCCUGAACUGGGACGCCCCGGAUGUCACGUACAGGAGCCCCGAGGCCCAGAACUUUCUCCACAUGCUCCUUCAGCCAGAUCCAGAGAAGAGACCAUCUGCCUUUGAGUGCUUGAGCCACGAGUGGCUGCAGGACGAACACGCAGGAGAAGAUACGGAUGAAAUCAACACAAAGACUUUGAAGAUCUUCAUCUCUAAAAGGAAAUGGCAGCGUUCUCUGACUUGCAUUGGGUCAGUUCUCACGUUGAGGCUUAUCUCCGAGCUGCUGGACGCUCCUCUCAGAGAGACUGCAGUGACCGUGCCCCGCGAGCCCCAGGAACACAGCAGCACCUCUCUGAGCAGUGGAUCCUCCUCCGAGUAUGAUGAAGCUGACUCCUGGGACUUUUUCCAGCACUACAGCCCGACUGAAGAGGAGGAGGAGGAGGAGGAGGAGGAGGAGGAGGAAGAAACUGAGGAGGACUACGAUCCUUUAACGGAGAGAGACCAGAUCCCGAAGUCUUUUGCCAAACUGCACUUAGAUGCGGAAGAGGAAGUGACAUUAGGGGAGGAAGAGGAGGAUGUAGAGUUGGUAGGAAGGAUGAGUGUCCUAGAGCGGAGUAUGAGCAGGCAGUCAGUUGCGUCUUCAGACGUGUCGUCCCAACAGACACCUCAGAGGGAGCGCAGGUUCAGCAAGGACAGCAGUCAAUCUCUCUACCUAUCCGAUGGGGAUGAGGGUUCAGGCAGUGACGGAGGUCGUAUCCCUCGUGGCAGCGUCAUCCGAAGCACUUUCUACAGCACCUCUCAUCAGCUUUCACCCAUGUCUGCAAGACACAUGACGUUACGGGACAAGUUCAAGGCCAAGAAGCAGGAGAGAGGCCGCAAACCGCUCCGGAGAAGCUUUUCAGGACGUCUCAACGAGCCUCUUAUUGAAUACGUGGAGGAUGACACGGAGACCAAUCGUGGCCAGAGACGGGGAUCGGUCCAGCCUAUGAUGCAGAAGUCCUGUUCAUUUGACAGUGGGGUUAGCCUCGCCCACACCAACGUACCCCCUCACAGGAGGAGCAGGUCUCUUGACGAGUACUCUCGACGAUCUCCCAGCUCCCCCAAGCACACAAAGUCUGGUGAAGAAGAAGAAGAAGAAGGCUCUCAAAGUCUGAAGGAAGAUUUGACCGAUGAUGAAGUGGCAGGGAGUAAGUUAUUGGUAAUCCCGAGCCCUCGGCGACCCCCAAGAAGAAGAGGCUCUGUCGCGCCAAUACAAGGGACUCGCACGCUAGGUGGCUCUUCUGUUCCAAGCCUCCUUGCUGGAGACAGAAGGAGCUCCAGGCUGGAUCCGCAGGCAGCGGGCGACACCUUCGCUGGCUCCCAGGGGUCUCUGGCUGAAUCGUCUAUUUUGGAGCAUGGUGGCUCCGAGUCUUCAAGUAGACUCGGCUCCUAUGAGGAGCUGAGUCAUGGUCAUCUCAGAGGCAGAUGCAGAUCAGGAGAGAGUGAAGGGUAUGAUGACCAAGGGGAGCCUCUCAUUUCCCAAUCCCCAUGCUCGUUUCAAGAGGUUAAACCUAGGAGUUCGCUUCCCCAGGCACCGCCUCGCAACCGCACCCACUCCAACCCCAAUUUAUGCGCAACCAUCAGAGGUCGGCCGGGGACCCUACUAGCAGCGAGCCCCAGUCCCAGCCUCUCUUCUCUGCAGGCUCCAGAGAGGCCUCCCAGGGCCAAGGACAAGAAGCAGGGCGGUGGCCUCCAAAGGCAUGCAUCCGCUCCGGUCCUAGAAGUUCUGCCACCUACAGGAAAGUCCCCCAAGCUGGGGGGCGGGCUGCUGAAGAUCUUCCGCAGGCAGUCCUGGACCGGACAUUCAUACUCCCAGCUGGACAAUGCAGCGUUAGGACCCACACUAGGAGAGAUCAUGAAGCCAGAUACUCCCACCAUGUCCCUGAGGAAGAAAAUGAGAGCUUCAGCCUCCAGCCUGACCAAACUGUUUUCCAGGUCUUCCAGUAAUGAGGAUGUCAGUAAAGGAGCGCCCAUAGUUAAAGGAUCAGCUCCCAUCCCACCUGAAAGGCAUCGUAGCAGCGGUCUUGAGAGUCCUAAAAAGAGGGCCUCCAAACUCUUGCCUUCUUUCAAAAUACCUGCAUUCAAAAAGAACAAAGAUCUGCUGGUCCGUCCCAACAAGGCUGAAGUGCUCCAAUUAGAUGGCGGUGGAGUCCUGCUGGUUUGGAAACCAGUGCAGUCCAGUGAGCCUGUCACCUACUGUGUGCAGUACUGCACAGAGGGUGGGGAGUGGACGGUCCUGUCGGAGGAGGUGACUGACAGCUGCUAUGUGGUGAAGGACUUCCCUAGAGGAGCCUCCUACGCGUUCAGGGUGGGCUGCAUCACCAAGACCGGAGCGGGACCUUUCAGCGAUGCUUCAGCAGCCGUCGUUAUGGCCACUCAUCCUGAAGAGAUCCACAUUCCUCUCAUCCAGACUGAGUCCCUAGGGUCAAAGGUCACCGGGUCAGAACGACAGACAACACACAAGAACUUCAACUUCCUCUCUGAGAUCAACAGGGGGCGCUUCAGCGUCGUCACCCUGUGCAGGGAUGCUGAGACCAGCCAAGUGUUUGUUGCCAAGAUCAGCCCGUACCAGGCGGAGCAGAGGCAGCUGGUGCUGAGGGAGUACCAGCUGCUGAAGAGGCUCCGCCACCCUCACCUGGUGCAGCUGCACACCGCCUACCUCACCUCCUGCUACCUGGUGCUGGUGGAGGAGCUCUGCCCUGGCAAGGAGCUGCUCUACAGUCUGGCAGCGAGAGAUCUGUACGCAGAGACUCACGUCGCCGAGCUGCUGCUUCAGAUCCUGAGCGCGGUCGACUACCUGCACAGCCGUCGAGUCGUCCACCUGGACCUGAAGUCCGACAACAUGCUGGUGGACGACUGUAACCACCUGAAGGUCGUCGACCUGGGCACCGCUCUGUCCUUCACACCCGGGCAGCCUCUCAACGUCGAGCACAUCCACGGCCUGUCGGACAGCAAAGUUUAUAUUGUCCUCCCUAAAGCUCCGGAGAUCCUGGAGGGUCAGGGCGUCGGGCCGGAGACCGACGUGUGGGCGAUCGGAGUUCUGUCUUUCCUCAUGCUGAGCGCCGACAGCCCGUUCCACGCCGAGCACAGCUCGGAGCAGGACCGAAACAUCAAGAAGGGGAAGAUCCAGUUUGGACGCUGUUACCCCGGCCUGUCCGAGGGAGCCUUGAACUUCAUGAAGAGCAGCCUGAAUAAUAAAUCCUGGGGGAGACCCACGGCAGCCGAGUGUCUCCAGAACCCGUGGCUGCGGGCGCAUCGCGGCCGACACUCCAAAGUGUGUUUCUCCACAGACAAGCUGAAAGAUUACCUGAUGCAGAAGGAGGAGAAGCGAGACCUGGUGCGCACCAAGCUGCAGGGUCCCUUCUUCCAGUGACGGAGUCUCUUCCUCCACGCAGCUUUUUAACAUUUCACUUCAGUCCUUUAAGUCUCCUCUGGUGAAUGUGAUGCGUCUUAAUGAGUUUCCAAAGUGUGUGAAGUGUCCUGCAGUCUUUGGUGUGUGUGUGGAAACACAUCAGGGACGAGGUGCGCGUUAGAGAAGCUGUUGUGUUGCUCCUCAGUGUCAGUGUUGGACUUAAAGAGUGAUUUAUUUAAUUAAAAAUGUUCACGUUUUGCCUUAAAGUAAUAAUGUACAAAUGUUCUGUUGAAUGCUUAAUAAUACUUAAAUAUUGGGGGUCGCUCGCCAAUAAGUUGAUGAUGAAAGAUUAAAUAAAAGU